CUUUUUCUACAUAUCUCUGUGUGUAUAUAUACUUCAAUUAUUUAGGAAUUCUCGUUUUGACGUUGAUGUUCUAUCGUUCUCUGAGCUGCAAACCUUUAAAGAAUAGAAUUCAAUUUCGAUAUUUGUUGCUUUAAACUUGUAAUAUCUUUUGCUUUUAUGUAUAUCAUAGGAUUGACAGGAUCCAUUGCUACUGGAAAAACAACUGUUUCCAAGCAGUUUCAUGAGAAAUAUCAUGUUCCUGUAAUAGACGCUGAUAUCCUCGCAAGGAAAGUAGUGGAGCCCGGAACGAGCUGUCUACGACAAAUUCGAAAAGAAUUUGGCCAAGAAGUGAUCCUUCCAGAUGGCAAUUUGAAUCGCCCUGAACUUGGGAAGAUUAUUUUCGAAACUCCAUCCAAACGCAAGCUUCUGAAUUCAAUCGUUCAUCCCGCCGUUAGGAAGGCAAUGCUGAAGGACCUAUUUUACUAUUAUAUAACGGGUCAUGGCAUGGUAAUUCUUGAUGUCCCGUUGUUAUUUGAAGCAAAAAUGCACAGCAUAUGUUGGAAAACUAUUUGUGUUGCAUCAUCUAUAGAAACACAAAAAAGGCGAUUACUAAAACGAAAUCCUGAAUAUUCAUCUGAAGACGCUGAUCGCCGUAUUCAAUCUCAAACUCCCAUACAGGAGAAAGAGUACCUUGCUGACUAUGUCAUUGAUAACAAUUCCGAUUUCGAUUCUCUUUCUAGAAACAUUCACGCAACCUUUGUUGCGAUCCGGCCUUCCUUUGUCUGGACUCUGGCAUGCCUUCUCCUACCUAUCAUGCAAGUUCUUCUGCAAGCGUAUCACUAUAGUCGUCAAAUAAAAAAAGCAAAGAAUCAAAAGAAGAUCCACCUAACGCAAUAAACAUAGAUUAUAAUCGAAGUCAAUCAUUGAGACUACUUCUCAUUUUGACUAAGCGUGUGUUUCAAGCAAUAGUUAAUUAGGAUGCAUGUCCUCGAAAUAAUUAUUAAUAUCUUCAAAGAUUUUAUAGGCAUGGAAAAGAUAGAUACAAUGAAAAGGAAAAUGCAUAAAAUUCACUCUAUUUGCCCAAACUAAAUCUGAAUCAUUUAGAUUUUAUUUGUCUUUUACUUAAACCAUCUAUAU